UCCUACGAUUCGCGGUUUGGAGAAACCGUGAGGCCAGGCAAAGCUUGUGCCCGUCCUGGCAACAUGGCGGAGGAAGAGGCAGAGGUUGAGGAGAAGCCUGAGGUGACAGAAGUUGUCGAGGAUGUGGAUGCCCCGAAAGAGGAGCCAAAGCCAAAACGUCAGCGACGGAAUCGAUGGGGUCAGGAACCUGAAGCAAUGCCUGUGCCAAGCGCUGAUGACCUCGCGCUUGCGCCAUUGGUAGGUGUUGAUGCAUCAGCUUUGGGUCUCUUGCCUGUGCAACCUGGAUUGGGAGCCCCCGCCGGAGCCUCUUUGGACCUCUCGGCUGCAGCACAGGCUGCAAGAGAAGCGCUGGAGAAGGCCAAAAGAGCUGCAAUGUUCCAGCGGCAGAUUCAGGAGCAAAUGGCCAAGAUCAAGGGCCAAGGUAUUGGAGGAGGCUUCAUGGCAGGUGAAGCCCCAAAGGCCCGAAAACUCAUUCUCGAUGAGUUUGGUCGUGAGCUGGAUGAAGAUGGACAAGUCGUCCCAAUGAAACCACAGGUGGUUAGCACCUUGAAAGUCAACAUCAAUCGCGAGAAGGAGGCCAGGUUAAAGAAGAUCCUGGGCCUCAAGAAGGAUGGCCUGGGAGAGAGCUCCUUCUUCGACCCGACUUUGAAAGUCAAGGAGCAAUCUGGGCGAAUGAAGCGCCGAAGUUUUAGGUUUAUCGAGGAAGGCGAACUGGUAAAGAAGGAGGCGAAGAUGAUCAAGAAAGUCCAAGAGAAGGCCUUGGGAAUUGAUAAGAAAGAUGAAAAGAAAAAGAAGGAGGAGGAACAAAAGAAGAAGGACGAAAAGAAGAAGGAAGAGGAAGAGGAGAAGGAGCAGCCUGUCAAGAAGAUUGAGCCCAAGGUCUUGAGGAAAGAACCAAUCCCAGAGGUGGAGUGGUGGGACAUCCCCUUUUUGAAGGAGGACCAGUACGGACAGAAGAAGGCAUACACCGAGGUGAAUGUCGAGAAGAUCACUCCGUACGUGGAGCAUCCAAUCCCCAUCAAGAUCACCACCGAGAAAGAGGCGCCCGAAGCGGCCAUGAUGCACCUGACUCCAAAGGAGAGAAAGAAGCUCAGGCGGUUGAAGCGUCAAGAGCGAACUCAGGAGAUCAGAGACAAGAUUAAGAUGGGUAUUUUGCAGCCACCACCUCCCAAGGUGAAGAUGGCCAACUUGAUGAGAGUCCUUGGUGACGAGGCGAUUGCUGACCCCUCCACAGUGGAGCGGAAAGUCAGGCAGCAGGUGGAACAGCGACGAAAGGAGCACGAACAGCGAAACGAGGCACGCAGAUUGCCAGCUGAAGAGCGAAAGCAGAAGAAAAAGCAAAAGUGGAUGGCGGAGACGGAGCCAACCACACAGGUGCUGGUCUUUAAGAUCAAGGACCUGGCAAACAAGAAGCAUUUGUUCAAGAUUGACAUGAACGCUCAGCAAUUUCACCUGACUGGUUGCUGCAUAGCGUGCCCCGGCGUCGCCAACAUGGUUGUGGUCGAGGGCGGCCCGCGGGCCAUCAAGCGAUACAAGAAGCUCAUGAUCAGGCGCAUCAAGUGGACCGAAGAGCAAGCUGACGACGAUGAUGAUGACGAGGAUCAGGACGAGGUCACCGCACCAAAGCUUCAGGACUUCUGUGUUCUGAUUUGGGAAGGUGUUGUGAAGCAGAGAAGCUUCAAGAAUUGGAAGGUGACGCAUGUCCGGAACGAGCCAGAGGCCCGAAAGCUUCUGAACGAUCGUCAGGCUGAGCACUACUGGGACAUGUUGGCACGAUACCGAGAUCAUCGUCUGGACAUCUAAGGGUCCACCUGGCAACCAAUGAGACGCUGAAGCCAGUCGCCGUAGCUGUGCAGAUAAAA